AGGGAAAUGGCGGACCCAGGUUCAAUAGACGAUUUACUUUCUUCAGAAAUAGAUGAGAGUGCGGUUAGCGCGUUAGUUGGGUCCCUAGAAUCACAGUUAGCAUCCUCUACGAAUAGAGACUUAUCUAAGACCCCGUCAGAUUCCUCUGUGAACAACAAUCACAUUAGUAGCAUAACAUCUAAUGCUACUACAACAAACUCACUAUUCAGUACAAAUGCAAGUCAGGUAAAUGUUUCCCAAAAAGGGUUGUCAUCACAUACAAACAGCACAAUAAAUUUUACCCUUGGGCAAGGAAAUAAAUCUGUACCCGAAAAUCAGAUUUUGGGAAUUACAUCCAUUAUAAACUCUACAGGUGCACCAUCUUCUGGAGUAAAUGCAUUAGUUAACUCACAGAAUUCAGAUCAUCAUGUAUCUCUCCCUUCUAACACAUCUUCUGUGAGAAAUUUAGUCCAUCCACACCAAAAUAAUGUAACAGACUCAUCAGUGCAUAUUUCUUCGCCUAGUCCAGGAGUAAAUGUUAGUACUGUUAUAAAUAGUAGUGCACCACAAUUACAAGUAACAACAAAUAAUUUCCCUAGUACACAAACUGUCUCUGGUGCCUCUACAAGGGGAACAAACUCUGCUGCAAAUGCAAUUUAUAAUCUGGCAAAUAUUGCUUCGGAGCAAAAACCUAUGACAAUAGCCCAAAACGGUAAUCAUGCUCAGAUACAAAAAGGCAGAUCUGUGAUAGCUUCGCCAAAACAAUUUGUUGUGAAGCAGGAAAGUUCUAAUAUUCAAGUGAAACAAGAGGUCGGUUCACCAUUUCUUAAAACGGACAUUGUGAAUGUGAAAGAUGGUGCAAAUAUUCAAACUAUUAUUGGACAAACAACUCAAAGUGGUGUGUUACCGAGUGGAACCCCAGUAUCUAUUGUUGGGGGACGACCGUUGGUUAACACGCUUAAAGGUACUCCUGUAGGUUCAAAUGUUAUUACUGUUAGGGCACCAACAAAUCAAGUGACUGUGGUUAGACCACCUUUAUCUUCAACAACUAGUGGAUCUGUGCAAUUUAAUCCUGUGAGACAUGUUACAUCUAAAACGGGACAAGUACGUGUUUCAACACCAAUUAGAAUGACAAAUCAUCCUCACCAAAUAAGUAUUGCUCCACGACAGUCAGGUGCUGGUAACACCAUCACUUUAAGUCCAGGACUUCAGUUACCACCUAAUACGAUAUUGAUGAAAAAUGAACAUGGGCAGCUUAUGUUGGUAUCUACUGCCCACUCAGGUAGUGCAACACAAGGACAAGGUCCUGUUUUAGCUACAAAAGUUCAAAAUGUUCGGCCAUCAACAAGUAUAGCAAUGGGCAGACCGGCUACAUCUCCGGCUGUUGUAAUACAGCCUCAGACAGGUGUAGGCCGAGGGCAACCACAGGUACUACCAAAUACUGUAACAACUAGCUCUCAAGUACUUCCUGGUACACAAGCUGUAGGUCAACCACAAGCAGCAGUAACUCAACCUGGAGCAGCUGCAGGUCAGCAAGGCAUGUUACAAAAUGUUGAAAAAUGUAAAAAUUUUCUGUCUACCUUAAUUAAACUGGCUCAAAGUCAACCACAAGAAACUGUGCGGAAUGUCCGUGAGCUCAUACAAGGACUGAUCGAUGGAAAAGUGGAGCCGCAAACGUUUACAGAAAAAUUGCAAGUGGAAUUAAAAUCUUCUCCACAGCCAUAUCUUGUACCAUUUUUAAAGAAAAGUCUGCCAUUAUUGCGGCACUAUUUAAUCAUGGAUAAAAUGACAAUAGAUGGUGUAAAAGCACCACCACCAGAAAUAGCUGGUAUGCAUCCUAUGCCUGUCAUGUCUUCUGUUCAACAAAGACCAGUGGCUCCUUUUGGUGUACAGCAGAUGGUGAUGCGUCAAGGUGUACCUGGUCAGAUGUAUGUACGACCAGGUAAUAAAGUUUUAGUACAAGGUGCACCAACUUCAUCUGCGAACCUAGUACGUAUAAAAACACCUAUACCAAUACAAGGAAAUCUUGCAUCUGGUGUUAAUUCUUUCCAAACUAGAGUUGUGAAAGCUUCAGGAAGUCCGGCACCAAAAGAAAAACAGAAAUUUGAAGCAUUGAAAGAUGGGGAUGACGAUAUUAAUGAUGUAGCAACAAUGGGUGGUGUUAAUUUAUCAGAAGAAUCUAAGAAUAUUUUAGCAACUAAUGCUGAUUUUAUUGGUACACAAAUACGAUCUUGUAAAGACGAAGCUUUUCUAUUCCAUGGACCAUUAAUGGCCAGAAUACAUGAAAUAGCUAAGAAGCAUGGUUUAGAUGAAGUAUCGUUAGAUGUAGCUAAUAUGAUAUCACAUGCCACACAAGAACGACUACGUGAUAUGGUAGAAAAAUUAUCAACUAUAGCAGAACAUAGAAUAGAAAUAUAUAAAAUGGAUUCUAGGUAUGAAGUAACUAAUGAUGUACGAACACAGUUAAAGUUUUUAGAAGAAAUAGACAAGUUAGAGAAAAAAAGACAUGAGGAGCAAGAAAGAGAGAUUUUAUUGAGAGCUAUAAAGAGUCGGUCGAAGAAUGAAGAUCCUGAACAACUUAAACUUAAACAGAAAGCAAAAGAACUCCAGGCAGCAGAAAUGGAAGAAGUUCGGCAACGGGAAGCAAACUUAACAGCACUUGCAGCCAUUGGACCGAGGAAAAAAAGAAAAAUAGAAACAACAGAUUCUGGUCAAACAGCUGGUACUAGUAGUUCAACAGGAGCUAAUGGCAGUGGUGUGUCUUCAAAUAUAUCGGUUAUGAAUAGACCCAGAACGAAAAGAGUGAAUCUCAGGGACAUGUUAUUUUUAUUAGAACAAGAACGAUCAGUGUCCAAAUCAAAUCUACUUUAUAAAACAUUCCUAAAGUGAAAUCAUGUGUGAAUUAAAUCUAGACUUAAUCUAGCAUAAUUCCAGCGGUACAGAUUCAGUGCUCUUUCUUUGGACACAGAAAAUGUGGGCAGCAGAAGUGAGUGACAUGAAAAGUAUCUGGCGGGUGUGUCUGUAAAGAUUGGGUUAACCAGAAGGCAGCUAAAGUGCUUUAAGAAAGUUGGUGCUGGAUACAUUACGGUGCAAAUAUGUACUACUAAAAGACAUUUCGAGGCAAAACAGUAUCACUGUGAUCUCGUGCCAAUCUCAAACAGAUGUUAUGUGUGACGUAUGAAUUGCUGUGAUGAUUGACGAUAGAUACUACUGUUAUCGCGUUGUUAGAGAAGGACUCAAGCAGUGCUUGAAGAAUUUGUUACACGAUCUAUGUGAAGUCACUUGUGAUCUAGUGACAUCGUACAAAUUGCCAUUACUUUGUGUAAGGUAAUGAAGAAAAUAAUAAAGUUUAAAGACAUUGAAUUAGAAUUUUAUAUAGAUAUACAUAGAGAUGGUUAUAUACCAGUAUCCUGCAUCUUUUACUUACAGAAUACUGGUUAGAAAUUUUAGAAUUGAAUAGUUUACUAGUAACAGACUAUUUAAAGUAAACCUAAUCUAGUACUAACAGAAACAGGGAACCUGUAGGAAGUUCUUUUUUACAAAUUUAUUUGAAGUUUGUUUCUGCUAUCAAAUUGGAGGAAAGUUAUUUAAAUUUAUAUAUCUUUCAUUUGAUGAAAGUGAUCAAUCUUGAUCCCAGAGAUAAGUUUACCCUCUGUUAAAACUGGCCGGCCAUACAUCGGCCAUUUUGAAUGUCAUAUGAUAUAUCCUUCCGUCGGUCGCUUCACAAAGAUCCAAGAUGGCGGCUCAAACCCUCGUUUUUUUCAGAAAUUUCACAUAUUUACCCGAAUCAUUCACAUUGUGUGCUAAAAAUAUUUCUCGGUAAAUCAUCAAAUCGGCUGUUUUCGAAUGAACUUUCGAUGUCAAGAUGUGGAAAAUGUUCCAAGGAUCAUUAAUAUGUAACUCAUGCACUGAAUCGAUGUCUAAUUGUCCAGAAAUCGGCAGCAUUUCAUUCUAACAAUUCCUGCCAAUCUGUAGCCACUGGGGUGGGAGCUUAGGAACCAAGAUCAUGCUGAUUAAUGGCUGGCGAGUUUUACCAGAGAUAAACGACAGGUAAAGUUAUUUCUGGGAUCGAGAUUGGAAGGUGAUGAGAAUUAAAUGGUUGAUUAUUGUAAGAUAAUUGUCUUCUGUCGUGACUUGACCUUUCACGUUUUUUUUUUCUUCGGACAGAACACCUAUAGUUUCUUUUAAUGAUUGUAUAAUAUGUUUUACAAGAUGUCCUACAAGUAAGAUUUUGGUUGAAACAUAUUUUAAAAAAGAUUAAUUGAAAGUAAAGGUAGCCUGAUUCUCUAAACAUACAUCUACUAAAUGCUUGACUCAAAAUGUUCCUUCAAAAUUAAUUUAGUCAUGUGUCUUUGCUAGAAAUAUGAUGUUUUGAAUGACCAGUAAAUAGGCAGCCAAUUGUAUACUGUUGUUGAGAUCAUAAACAGCACUUGCUGCCACAUAUUCGAUUAUCUUAAAGACAAUGCAAAUUGCAAAUCACAUAAUUUCUGCAAGCUAUUAGAAAAACACAAAUUACAGAUGUAAAACAGUUUACCAUAAACUCAAAUUAAGCUGUAUGAUUUAUUACAAUAAAAAAGAAUUUUCUUGAUAGUGAUAUCACUCAACAGAUAUUAGUUCUCAAAGAAAUGCAUUUAAAAAUUUUUAUACGGUACCCAAUUGUCAGUCCAAAAUGUUCUACAUUUGAGUGAUACAGAUAUGAAUACUGUCACUGUUCUUCCAGUCCCAAAAACAGAUGCUGUUUGAGCAAAUUCGUGAUGUAAUCAAACGUUUCAGCUAGGUUGAUUGGUCAAGAUAGUAUCAUAUUCAGUUUUUGCAUGCCUUGUUGCCUGAAAUUCUUUUAUUGACUCAAAUGAUCCCUUUCAAGGCAAUGAGAGAAUUUAAUUCUUGACUAUUUGAUUAAGUAUCAUCUUUGUGGUUACUAAAAUUAAUGACUGCCAAGCCUUGAAAUAUUGUCAUUUAUUUAUUUUUCAAAAUCACCUCCAAUACAUUACUUUACUUAUUACUCAUGAUAAACCUUUACUUAUGCAUUUACCCAUAAAGAGUUUUGUUUGGUUAUGGUUAUACUGUCACUGUUUGGUUCUUUUUCUGAUUUAGGUCAAAAUAAAGUAUUCAGUUGGAUUGAUCUAAUGUUCUAUUUCCAUUAGUGAUUUGACCAAACCCAUACAAUGGAUGUUUUGUUUAGGAAGAAUAAGCAUAAGUCGGUUUUGUUUAUUAAUUUUAGAGACAAUCAUUUAUCUAAACACCGCUUUAUGUAUCGAGACAAAUUAAUCUAUAAAAUUGAGUGGAAAUAAGUGAUUUUAAUUUUUAUCUAAAUCAGAGAGAUAUGCCCAUUAUUGCUUUACAAUUAACUGAGUCUAGUCAUUCUUAACCUAAUAAAAUUGUUAGAAACAGUAAGUUAAAAUGAUUAAUUUUAGAAUGCUGGUUUACUAUGGUAACCAAUGCCAACUAAGUACUAUUUUACAGUUACAGCAGACUUUAAAUAGAUUCUAGUCUUGAGCACUCCACCCCAGAUUGUUCCACUCCAUAUAAAUAUUUGUUGUAAUCAAGGCAGAAAUAUUUUGGGCUUGUACGAUCAAGACACAUACUAUGUAUUUCAUUGAUAACUUUGAUCAAGUAGGCCGAAUAAAGGCAGUAUAUAAUUUUUAGUUUUAUACAGUUAAAAUUACCUAGAUUUUUAUUUUUAUACUAAUGUAGAAUUUACUAUUUAAUAUGGUGAAAAACAACAUAUUUUUGAACAACGUAGGUCUAAUACUGUAUUCUUUACCUUGUGUAUUACCUGUAAACACCAGUUCACCCAUAGGCAAUAACAUUCCUUACUGCUGUUAAGUUGUGUUAACUACUGGAGAACUCGGGUAUCAUUGCAGUAUUCCGAGUUCACAAGUUGUGAUGUCGCAAAGAAAGGAAUGAUAGCAGAGUAUUGUAAGAUUUUAUUAUUCUCAAUCAUUCCAGUCUAAAUUGUCAAGCAAUUAUUUGUCUGGAAAAGACAGCACAAAAUUUGUAUACAGUGUCAAAUGUUAUACAAAUAUUACCUCAUCUUUUCAAUUUUUUGAGAGGAAAAGUGACUUUCAGAUUGUAUUGAAAAUAUGCAGAAUCCAUUGUUCAUUGGUGGGUUGAUACAAAAUGUCCCAUAAGUCAUUGAAUGAACUUGUAGACACGAACAACCAGACAGCAAGUUACCAUCUGCACAAUGGCAGUAAUUGUAGUCGAAAAGGAGACAGUAUAGACUGGAAUGAGUAAGACUAAAUAUUUAUUUAUGACUUUUAAAUACUAGAGAGUUUGAUUAUCGGCUUUUCAUGUGAAUAAAUGUCUAAAUAAUAAUUAAUUUAUAUAACAUUUGAAGCCAGAAAGAAAGACCUGUGAUAGCCAGAUUUAGCUCUUGCAUUAUGCAUUUUUAAAUAUGGCAUAAAACUUGUCUAAAGUUUAAUUCAUGAAAAAGGGAAUAAGUACUGCAGAAAAUUUCUGAAUAUAGUUUUAACGCUACAUAGCAUCCAAUCGUAAACACACGUUCUUGCAGAGGUAAAAGAAUACAGGAUUGCUGUUCUCAAUAACUUUGCAGUACAUUUGCAUGUAUUUGAAAAUUACUACUUCACUAUAGUGUUAAGAAAUAAAUGUCAUAAGUGGAAAUAAUUUCUUGAAGUUCAAUUCUCUGUUCAAACUGUCUGUAUUUAUUUGAGUAAUAUAAGGAUAUAUGGCUUGAAAUUGUUUGUUGUACUUUAGCUAAUGUAAUAUUAAAAAAGUUAAGAAACAAGUUUUGAAAAUGAAAACAUGAUAAAUAAAUGUUGAAAUUUUAUUUCAAAUGAAGAAUAAAAACUCCAAAAAAUCAAAAUCAAUAAAAACAAGCGUUGUAUACACCAAGACCUUUCUAUAUAACACAGAUUUAUUAAUUUUAUGUAACAGUAGUUCUAUGUUUAUAUCAAGGGUUUUUAACUGAAUGUUGCUACCAACUUGCCUGGAAUCAGUCCAAUGAAAAUGAGAUAUUAUUUUCACUCUGUUAAUUUGUAUGGUCUUUCCAUGAACAUCUGAACUUCUAAAGGUAUGUUUAUGGUUCUUUGGUGACAGCUUGAUAAUUCAUUCGACUGUGGUCAGACAUCCAAUCCAAUAUCUCGAUAAUCAAAGUUUUUUAAGAGAUUCUGUGGAAUUGUCUGUAUCACAGGUAGGUUGAUCUGGACAUCUGCACAUAAAUGAAUACAAUCUAAAGAAAUGACUUCAGAAGAGACUGAAGAGUAACCAACCAAAAAUAACAAAACAAAAUUUUGAUAUAAUUUUUAAUACGCGUGCCUAUCACAUUUAGGGAAUAUCCCUGAUUAGUAAUCGCAUCAUCAUGUUCAAAUUAGAAAAUGUGCAAAAUAAGAACAUUAUCUGCCUUUUCCCGAUACUGACUCUUUAAAAAUCACGAGUACCAGUAUUACAGAUUUCCUCAUGGUGUUGUUGAAGGGAUUUAAUGACAGUUUGUGUAAAAAUUGUAACCUUAAUCCUGAUACGGUCAUCACUUGUAAUUCCAGUAGUUAGUGAAUUUAUUUUCUUGUUUAAAGUGAUAGUUCUGCUUUGCCCCAUUUUUCGAACAGGUAACUAACUGCUUUGUUAGGUUAGGAUCUUAUAUCACAUGAUAAUGGAUCACGUUAAGAUGAAGUAUGAUUUAUAAGCUACCAAAUGAUAUAUGACUUUGUUAAUUGUCUAUUAAAAUGGGUUCAUCCUCUGUCUGUCUGUCUGUCUGUCACACUUUUUGGGACACAAUAACUCUCCUUCCUAUUGAGCUAGAAUGUUCAAACUUGGUGCAGAUAUUUAUUAGGUUGAUGCCUUGAUGGAGUUCGAAGAUGAGCAUUUCCUGCUUAGGGUAAGCAAUUUGAUUGGUUGAUGCUUUUGGGCAAGAUAACUUUGGUUAUAAUUAAGUGAGAGCUAUGAAACUCUGAGUAUAGAUUUAUUAUAGCAUUACCUUGUUUGAUGAGAAUUUUCUGCUAAGGCUAAGGAGCGAUAAGCAAUUUUAUUGGUGAAGACUUUGGAACAUAACAACACGCUUUUAAUUGAGGUAGAAUGUUUAAACUUGAUGUUGAUGUACAUUACGUGAAUGUCUUGACUGAGUUCAAUGAUUAACAUUUCCCGUGAAAACUAAGCAGAGCUAAGCAAUUUCUUUGACUUUGAUUCUAUCUGAUAGAGAGUGAUGAAACUUAGUGUAUAGUUAAUAAUCAGUUCGAUUGCUCGAUACUUUUGAAAAAGAUAAACAUGCAAUUAAUUAAUAUGUGUCAUCUAUUUAUUUCGAGAUUUUGUUGGGGGACAUCAGCCUCACUGUUGGCUUGUCACAACUCUGAUUAUACUGCAAAUUCCUCAAUUCAUCUAAAGUAUGAACAAUAUGAUGUGUUAGCAGUGAUGGUUUCAGAUUCAGUCUGACAUUGUUGUCUUCGAAUGGAUCUCAAUCAGGAUUUGAUCUUUUCUGUUUAUCUUCAGCAUCAAUUAAACCUUUUGUGUACCAUGCCCUAGCUCAACAUCGCAAAUUUUUCUCUCAAUCCCCCCCCCUCCCCACUUUGAUAUGUAUAGAGGAGACCAGCGUUUCCGACAAUAAUUUGUACGAAAAUUUUCUUUGGUGUAAAAGUAAUAAUGGAACACAUGAAGUUUAUUCUUAUGAACAUCAUUUUCAAAUUUCCCCCUUGUGGGGUGUGUACCCCACAUUUGGAAUCACUGAAUUAGACAAUUAGUUUGUUGGGGAGGAAAGUGGGACGACAGAUGACCUAAGUAUAUUUAAAAUAAUUUAAAAUAGUAUAAUUUGUGAAGUACAUCUAGUAUUAUUAACAUUAAGGCUUUUGUAUUCUAUGCAAACAAUACAUUUCUUUAAGGCCGAGUACUUAACUAUUAUUUGAUUAAUGAAUGCAUUCUAGUAAAAACUGCAGCUUAAAUGGGUUUAGGUAAUUAUUGAACAAAAUCAACUAUUAUAUCAAUUUAAAACAGUAAAUUGUUUUUGAUAAAAGAAAUUACUUUAUGUACAUAAAUUAUCACAUUUUUCAAUUCAUUAUAAAAUAAGAGAAAACAAGAAUUACCCAAAAGGCAGCAACAUGAAUUGAAUAACACUAAGUAUAUUGUAGCAGUAUUUAAUACUUCUAUAAAUAUACUGGAGAAUAUUCUUUCUUUCAAAUUAAAAUAUCUAUAUAUGUAAAUAAGACAAUUGCAUGUACAUUUUGUGUUUUCCUAUUUGAACAUAUCAUUAUUGCAUGUAACUAUAUACACACACAUUAUAUAUAUAAUGAUUGAAUAUAAAAUAUGAUAUAUCUAAUAACAACA